CUUCUGUCACCUACUACUAGAUGGCGCAACCAUAUAUGACACCAACCUAAUACAAAACAGUUACUAACCAAAAAAAAAAUUAAGUUUGUUUGAAUCAGCUUUAUUUAAUCGUUGUUUAAAUUUUAUUUAUUGUUACGAAAUUAUGAUUGUUAAAAUUAAAUUGAUAAUAAAUUAAUUUAAAAAAAUUAAUAAAUUUUGUGACAUAAUUCGCCAAGGGUUAACUUAACCAGCUAACUUCAAACUCCUCUAAAACGUCACUCAUUUCAUCUUUUAAAGUCUUUUAAGUAAUUUCUGGGGCUUCGUACCAGAAGAAUUCGGUAAUAAUGGCAUCAACAAAGUUCACAAUCCUCGCGAGGAGUUUCAGUACUUCUGGGGCCGUUAACCAAUUAAUCAAGCCUCCAAUCCAAGUGUUUGGAAUUGAGGGUCGGUACGCUACCGCUUUAUACUCGGCCGCUUCAAAAGAAAAAAAGUUGGAUGCGGUCGAAAAAGAAUUGGUUCAAUUCCAAGGUGUGCUUAAAUCCGACGUUAAAUUGAACGAGUUUAUUUUAAAUCCAACUAUUAAGAAGCAAACGAAAACCGAAGGAGUGAAAGCGAUCGCUUCCAAAGCGGGAUUAUCGCCGGCUUCUGCUAAUUUGUUGCAAAUUUUGGCCGAAAACGGCCGAUUGAAAAAAUUAAAUGGGGUUAUUAAUGCUUUUAAAACUAUUAUGUCUGCCCAUAGAGGAGAGGUAAGAUUAUUAUUGCGGAUUUAGAUUUUAUUUCGAUUC